CAAAUGCAGAAUUGAAUGCACUUUUUAUCCAUCAAACUUUUAUGUCCUUCACCGCGGGCUUUUAUCCUUCACUGUGGUGUGGGUUUAUCCAUUGAAUUUAUUGCCGUUGUAUUGCAUGUGUAUUGCCUUUUUAUUGUCUAAUAUGGCUAGUGUUUUAUUUUUUAUUUUUUUUAUUUAUGGCUAGUGUUUUUUUUUGGUCAAACCUAAUAUGGCUAGUUGAUUGUUAGCUAGUUGAUUGUUAGCUAGUUGUCUGGUUUGACUUUGGGAGGCUGUUGCUGCAAUCUCCAGGAAUUGGGAACCCAAAACCAGCUGUCAUCUACCCACUUGUAAUUAAUAUUGAGCUUCGUUAGCAAGCCUUUUCCUUGUAUAAAUUAUGCUGUAAGUGAUACAAAGAAAUCAAUUCAAUUGAAACCAAAAACCUUUCUUCUCACUCUCUCAUUUUAGCAAUAUUGAUAGGAGAACAAUUGCUUCAAAAGUGAAUCAGAAGUGUGCAAGCUACCUCUCACCCGUAAGUGAAUCAGAAGUGAUGGCUGCAAAUAAUGUGAGAAAUGAAAAUGAAAUAUUAGCGUCCUCAAUUCAAGCAAAACUUCACCAGCAGUCUCCAUCACGAGCUCAUCAUUGCAUAUUUAGAAUCCCUCAUGUGCUGCUUAAGGGUAAAGAAGAAGUGUAUGUUCCACAUUUACUUUCAAUUGGACCAUUUCAGCGUGGAUUGCAGUUCCAAGCCAUGGAAGUGAUUAAAUCGUGGUAUUUGCAUUGCCUUCUUGAUCGAAAACCAACUCCAACUACUGGCUUAGAGGAUUUUGUCGGAGCCAUUAGAGAUAUGGAACAAGAUUGUCGCGAUUGCUAUGAAGAAAAUAUUGAUCUAACCAGUGAUGAAUUUGUAGAAAUGAUGGUGGUCGAUGGUUGCUUUAUCAUUGAGCUCUUCCGCAAGUUUUCAGGAGAGGUGCUAAUCAAGGACGACGAUCCUGUGUUCCAUAGGCCAUGGAUGGAACCGAUCCUCAUAAAUGACUUGCUUCUACUUGAAAACCAGCUUCCUUGGAAAGUUAUUGACCGUUUGUUUGACCUCACACGGGAAAGUAAUGCCGGUAAUAGGUAUUCACUUUCCGAGCUUACUCUAGAAUACUUUGAAGGGUACACCUUGAGGAUGCGGGACUGGCAACACGUCCGUGAAGCAUUGGAAGGCAAGCAUUUGCUUGACUUGGUAAAAAACUCUUUGCUCUCAUCACGUGCACAACCAUCACGUGCACAAUCAUCACGUGCACAACCAUCACGUGCACAACACUUAGGUCGGACUUCUUCUUUGCGUAUGCCCUCUGUGACAGAACUUGAAAAGUCAGGAAUUAUAUUUAUACGUGGAACUGGACCGGACAUGUUCAAUAUAACCUUCAAAAAUGGAGUGAUGAGAAUUCCACAGAUAAGAAUUCAUAAGAAUGGAGAAUCUCUGUUUAGAAAUCUCGUCGCGUAUGAACAGUGUGAAACAGCCAGUAUAAUUACCUCUUAUGCUGCGUUGUUGGAGCAACUUAUUACGUCUGACAAAGAUGUAGAGUGUCUCGCUAAGUGUGGAAUUACAGAAAACGUUUCGGGCUACGACAUAUCCUUGGUUUUUAGUAGUCUUUCCAAUGAUGUUAGGCCGCGCAAUUGUUGUUACUGGAGACUCUAUCGGGAUGUGAACGACCAUUGUUUGAUUCCAUUCAACCGCUUUAAAGGAGAGUUUCGUACAUAUUUUAAAAAUCCGUUCCAAUUCACGAAUUUUGCGUAUGCUGUCGUCUUAGUUACAGUAUUGACCUUGAUACAAACAGUUUACUCCAUUCUGUCUUACAUAAAGCCGCAGCAGUAAGCCAGCCAAUUUCCAGUUUGCACUGUCCUCCUGUCAAGUUGGAAACUCUGUUUGUAUUUGCUUGUGUUUGAAAUAAAGCCAAUUGAUGGUGUGUUUUUGCUGCCA